ACCAGGCCAAAGGGAAGUGAGGUUUCGGUCUGGACUGAGGGGGUCGCCCCCAUGGAUGGUAGCCCGUAAAGUUGUUUAACGGGAGGGGGAAGGGGAGCAGGGACAGGGAGUGGAUUAUCAGAGUGAUUAAAUGCACUCACUUAGAUUCCUUUACGUUCUGAUGGGAUAGACUUGUAAACCUUGCAGCAUGGGCAACGCGGCCAUGUGUAAGGUGUGUGGCUCGGACAAGGGCCUGAGGACUGCAGGUAGUCUGUCUAACCUGGACCAGAAUGCUUUGCCAGACUACUACUGUGUGGAGCAUUUUCCUGUGCAGCCUCCUCUGACACUGUCGGACAGUAACACCAGUUUCCUGCGAGCGGCGAGAGCAGGGAACAUUGACAAGGUUUUGGAAUAUCUGAAAGGGGGAGUGGACAUCGGCACCUGCAAUCAGAAUGGUCUUAACGCUCUGCACCUGGCAGCCAAGGAGGGUCAUGUGGAUCUGGUCCAGGAGCUGUUGGAGAGAGGUGCGUCAGUGGAUUCGGCCACAAAGAAAGGAAACACAGCCCUUCACAUAGCCUCUCUAGCUGGUCAGGCUGAAGUAGUGAAGAUCCUGGUCAAACGAGGAGCUGACAUCAAUUCACAGUCUCAGAAUGGAUUCACUCCUCUGUACAUGGCCGCCCAGGAGAAUCACAUGGAUGUGGUGCGAUACCUGCUGGAGAAUGGAGGCAAUCAGAGCACUGCUACUGAGGAUGGCUUCACCCCUCUGGCCAUCGCCCUCCAGCAGGGCCACAACCAGGUGGUUUCUGUCCUACUGGAGAAUGAUACUAAAGGCAAGGUCCGCCUGCCUGCCUUGCACAUUGCUGCCCGCAAGGACGACACCAAGUCAGCCGCCCUGCUCCUCCAGAACGACCACAAUGCUGAUGUCCAGUCGAAGAUGAUGGUCAAUAGGACUACUGAGAAUGGCAAGAGUGGAUUCACCCCCCUGCAUAUCGCUGCCCACUAUGGCAACGUCAAUGUGGCCACACUCCUGCUGAACCGAGGGGCAGCGGUCGACUUCACGGCAAGGAAUGGGAUUACUCCUCUACAUGUGGCGUCCAAGCGUGGCAACACUAACAUGGUCGGCCUGUUGCUGGACCGGGGCUCUCAGAUCGAUGCUAAAACAAGGGAUGGUCUGACUCCCUUACACUGUGCGGCCCGUAGUGGACAUGACACAGCUGUGGAGCUGCUGCUGGAGAGAGGAGCACCUUUACUGGCCAGGACCAAGAACGGGCUGUCUCCUCUUCACAUGGCGGCGCAAGGCGACCACGUCGAUUGUGUCAAACACCUUCUGCAGCACAAGGCUCCUGUUGACGACGUCACGUUGGACUACCUGACAGCGUUGCACGUGGCAGCUCACUGCGGUCACUACAGAGUCACCAAACUGCUGCUGGACAAGAGGGCCAACCCCAACGCCAGGGCACUGAACGGCUUCACUCCGCUGCACAUAGCCUGUAAGAAGAACCGAGUGAAAGUGAUGGAGCUGCUGGUCAAAUAUGGAGCCUCUAUCCAGGCCAUCACAGAGUCUGGUUUGACUCCCAUCCACGUAGCUGCCUUCAUGGGUCACCUGAACAUCGUGCUGCUGCUGCUGCAGAACGGAGCCUCGCCCGACGUCAGCAAUAUUCGUGGGGAGACAGCGUUACACAUGGCAGCCAGGGCAGGGCAGGUGGAGGUGGUCAGAUGUCUGCUGAGGAACGGAGCGAUGGUGGACGCCAGGGCGCGGGAGGACCAGACUCCCCUCCACAUUGCAUCCCGUCUGGGAAAAACAGAGAUUGUUCAGUUGCUGCUGCAACACAUGGCCCACCCUGAUGCCGCCACAACCAACGGCUACACCCCGCUCCACAUCUCGGCCAGGGAGGGUCAGGUGGAGACGGCCUCUGUCCUGCUGGAGGCCGGAGCGUCACACUCGCUGGCCACCAAGAAAGGUUUCACUCCCCUGCAUGUGGCCUCCAAGUACGGAAGCCUGGAUGUGGCCAAACUUCUGCUGCAGCGUCACGCUCCACCUGAUUAUGCCGGGAAGAACGGCCUCACCCCGCUCCAUGUCGCAGCACAUUACGAUAACCAGAAGGUGGCGCUCCUGCUUUUGGACAAAGGAGCGUCCCCCCACACCAUGGCCAAGAACGGCUACACUCCUCUCCACAUCGCGGCGAAGAAGAACCAGAUGGAAAUCGCCACAGUGCUGCUGCAGUACGGAGCCGAGACCAACAUCCUGACCAAGCAGGGCGUCACUCCGCUCCAUCUGGCCUCCCAGGAGGGCCACGCAGACUUGGCUGCCCUGCUCAUCAGCAAGGGAGCCCAGCUUAAUAUCCAAACUAAGAGCGGCCUGACUGCCCUCCAUCUGGCAGCCCAGGAGGAUAAAGUGGCUGUUGGCGAGAUUCUGGCCAAAAACGAAGCCAACCUCGACCAGCAGACCAAAUUGGGAUACACCCCGCUAAUUGUGGCAUGUCACUACGGUAACGCCAAGAUGGUCACCUUCCUGCUUCAGAAUGGAGCCAGUGUCAACGCCAAGACCAAGAAUGGAUAUACUCCCCUUCACCAGGCAGCCCAGCAGGGAAACACACACGUCAUUAAUGUCCUGCUGCAGAACGGUGCCAAGCCCAACGCUAUCACUGUGAACGGUAACACUGCCCUGGGUAUUGCUCGGAGGCUGGGCUACAUCUCUGUGGUGGAUACGCUGAGGGUCGUCACUGAGGAGAUCAUCACCACGACAACGACGGUGACAGAGAAACACAAGCUGAACGUGCCAGAGACCAUGACUGAAGUGCUGGAUGUGUCGGAUGAAGAGGGUAGCCAGUAUACUAAUGGCACCAGGACAUCUCUGUCUAACUACAGUGAUGACACGAUGACCGGUGACGGAGGGGAGUAUCUGAGGGCCGAGGACCUCAGGGAGCUGGGAGAUGACUCCCUGCCAGGACAGUAUCUAGAUGGAAUGAACUACCUCCGCUUCAGCCUGGAGGGGGGACGCACUGACAGUCGAAUGCAAAGUUCAGACCGGUCCUUCACACCGACCCACCACAGCUACUACUCCCCUAAACAUGAAGGCAUUAUGGAUGACAUGAUCACCGCUCAGCAGGUUUCGUCACUUGGCAGAGAGAAUGAGAGGGAUUCCUAUCGUCUGAGUUGGGGCACGGAGAACCUGGACAAUGUGGCUUUAUCCUCCAGCCCCAUUCACUCUGGCCAUUCCUCUCCGUGCCCUGAUCAUGGAGACCACAGCAGCUUCCUGGUCAGCUUCAUGGUGGAUGCCAGGGGCGGAGCCAUGCGCGGUUGCCGGCACAACGGCCUACGCAUCAUCAUCCCGCCUAGGAAGUGCAGCGCGCCCACACGGGUGACGUGCCGGCUGGUGAAGAGGCACCGUCUGGCCACCAUGCCCCCGAUGGUUGAGGGCGAGGGCCUGGCCAGCAGGAUCAUCGAGGUGGGGCCCUCUGGAGCCCAGUUCCUCGGUAAACUCCACCUCCCCACUGCCCCUCCACCUCUAAAUGAGGGAGAGAGUUUGGUUAGCAGAAUCCUCCAGCUCGGCCCGCCGGGCACCAAAUUCCUCGGUCCUGUGAUUGUGGAGAUCCCCCACUUUGCUGCCCUGCGGGGGAAAGAGAGGGAGCUGGUGAUUCUGAGGAGUGAGACUGGAGAGAGCUGGAAGGAGCAUCACUGUGAACACACCCAAGAGGAACUCAACCAGAUACUCAACGGCAUGGACGAGGAGCUGGACACGCCAGAGGAGCUGGAGAGAAAGCGCAUUUGCCGUAUCAUCACUAGAGAUUUCCCGCAAUACUUUGCGGUGGUGUCGCGCAUCAAGCAAGACAGUAAUCUGAUUGGUCCUGAAGGAGGCAUCCUUAGCAGCACUGUUGUGCCUCAAGUACAGGCAGUUUUUCCUGAGGGGGCCCUCACCAAGAGGAUCAGGGUCGGCCUGCAGUCCCAGCCAGUCAUUCUGGAUGUAGUGAGGAAGAUCCUGGGGAACAAGGCCACCUUCAGCCCCAUCGUCACCCUGGAGCCCCGCAGGAGGAAGUUCCAUAAACCCAUCACCAUGACCAUCCCUGUCCCCAAGAGCAACUCCGACCUGGUCCUCAACGGCUUCGGAGGGGAUACCCCCACCUUACGACUACUCUGUAGUAUCACCGGUGGAACAACACCUGCUCAGUGGGAGGACAUAACAGGAACCACUCCGUUAACAUUCAUCAAUGACUGUGUCUCCUUCACCACCAAUGUGUCUGCAAGAUUCUGGCUGAUAGACUGUCGACAAGUCCAGGAAUCCGUCAAUUUCUCCACUCAGGUGUACCGAGAGAUCAUCUGUGUCCCUUACAUGGCCAAGUUUGUCAUCUUUGCCAAGACCCACGAUCCCAUUGAGGCCCGACUGCGGUGCUUCUGCAUGACGGACGACAAGAUCGACAAAACCCUGGAGCAGCAGGAGAACUUCUGCGAGGUGGCCCGCAGCCGAGACGUCGAGGUCCUGGAAGGCAAACCUAUCUAUGCAGACUGCUUUGGAAAUCUUGUUCCACUCACCAAAAGUGGCCAGCACCAUCUCUUCAGCUUCUUUGCCUUUAAGGAGAACAGACUAGCACUCUUCAUCAAGAUCAGAGAUAACACUCAGGAGCCGUGUGGCCGCCUGUCCUUUAUGAAAGAGCCCAGGAACUACAGGUCACUCACCCAAAAUGCCAUAUGCAACCUCAACAUCACCCUCCCAUCAUACUGCAAGGAGUCCGAUUCAGACCAAGAGCAAGAGGAAGAGACCAACAGAACGAUAGAGAAAGAUCGGACAUUUGGAGAAAGAGUUAAACACUGCCAUCUACAUGAAGAGACGGCGACAUCAGUCCUGAAAUCAGAGCUGAUUCGAGAACCAGACCUCCUAUCCGACGUGUCAGAGAUGAAACAAGAUUUGAUCAAAAUGACUGCCAUCUUGACUGCAGACUCCACAGAGAAAUCCCCUUCCUUAGGAAGGUGUGGUCUAGAGAAAGGGACUGAGGAUGUUUCUGGAGAGCCAUUAGAAAUAAUGGAGAAGGACUUAGAGAAAGUCAAAGAGGACCUAGAGAAAGUCAGUGAGAUACUGAGGAGUGGAACAUAUGAGGGUGAGGCAGCAGAGGAGGCAGCAAAAGCAGCUAGAAUGGCCGAGGAGUGGGUUCUCCUCUCAGACAGUGAGAUAGAGGAGGCCAAAAAGAUGGCAGCCUUAGAAUCUCAAGAGCCUGUCUUGCGGGAAACUAGAGCUAACAGGGGGGCUCCCAGACCUAAAGGAAUAAAGAACAGUGGUGACCUUAAAGAAUACCUCCUGGACGCACCAGUAAGCUCCAAAACAAAAGUUAAAAAAGAGCCAGUCGUCCAAGAAAAAUUCACUGAUGUUGUACUACGCAAAAGUGCAAAGCCAACUACUCCAACCAAAGUGCAUGACAAAACAGCUGCUAAGCCAGUCAGAAGGAAGGGGAAAGACCAACGGCAGGCAGAGGAAUCAACAGAGGCAGCAGCUCUUCUACGUGUGCCUACAGCCCCUUCCCCAGCAUCACCUGUAUCCCCAGUGGUUGAAGAAACUCCCAUUGGGUCAAUAAAGGACAAAGUCAAAGCCUUACAACAGAAAGUAGAGGCAGAGCAAAAGAGCAAAAAGGUCACUGGAAGCAAGCCUUCACAAUUGCCUGUGAGCAAACCCUCUCCAAAAGCCAAAGAAAGCCCAAAAUCAAAACAGGGUCCCCCUAAAUCCCCCAAAGCUGAAUCUGAAAAACUCGAGGAGACAAUGUCAGUUAAAGAGAUAAUGCAAGCAUUCCAAACAGGGCAGGACCCCUCAAAGAGAAAGUCUGGGCUAUUUGAGGUCAAAACAUCCUCUACGUCAAGAUUGGAGAAAACCACAAAAUCCGAGACCAUCCAGUCAAAAUCCAUGACCAAAGCAAUAACCUCACGCGUCUCUCAAGAACGAGAAGUAUCUUUGGAUUCCAAACCUCGCAAGAAAGAGACCACUCAGCAACAAAGAGAGAUAGAAACCAAGUCAGUUGCUGCCACUCAUUCAGAGUUAACUGAAACUGUUGACUUUGGAAAUGGUGGCCUUGAUGAUAGCUCUGACAGUUUAAAACAUGAAGGUGUGGCAGACUCACUAAGUGCCAGUUCUGGAGAUGGAACCCCUCAUCUGAGCUCUGAGGACAGUUACAAACACGAGGGUCUUGCCACUCCAUCCACAAGUCCAGAGAGUCCGUGUCUUUCUCCCAAAAAUGGACAGCAGACCUCUACAACUUCGGCAGCAACUGACACUACAGUCAAAAAAGAAACUAAAGACACAGAGAAGUCUGGAGACUCUGGUGUAGGGACCACUGGUGACCAACUGUCUACAGAAUUGACUCUCCCUGUUUCUUCCAGCGAGGCUGCAGAGGAUCACACUAAAAGUGAGUCCAUAUCGGUUAGGAGGAUCGAGUCUAAGCCUUCUAAACCGCAAAAGCUUACAAAGAGAAUUUCAGAGACUGUAGAAACUUUUCUUAGCGAUGACGAGAGCCCUGAUCAUCAGCUAGAAUUGUCUUUAGUUGGUUCUCCGGCCUCUAGAUCCUCUUCCCAGCGUCAUGAAAGCUUAGAGCUGCCUUUAAAGCUUGACUCAGAUGCUCUCAGUCCAUUAGCUGAUGACUCUUUGACAAUAAGCCACAGAGACUCUCUAGACGAUAGUCCUCUCAUGGAAGAAAACUCCUCCCAUAAGUCCCCAGAUUCCAUUGAACCUAGCCCAACCAAGGAAUCACCCCCUCAUGACUCCUUAGAGAGCAGUCCUGUAGAGGAAAAAAGCCACCUAUCCUUCCCAUCAUCUGUUGGUCCACCUAGUAAAUCCUCUAGCCAUCCAGAGCCCUCCAAAGCUACAGAAUUCCCCCAAGAUGCUUUGCGUGGUAGGCUGCUUCGAGACCGUGAGGCUAGUGCUGAUGAUGACAGUUGCGAGCAGACAUCUCAGAUGACAAGUUCCGGUAAGAGUCCCCUCUCCCCUGAUACUCCUAGUUCUGAAGAGGUAAGUUAUGAGGUGAACCCCAAACCCCCUGACCAUACAUUCCUCUCUGUUCCAUCCAAACCGGCUGUCAUCCCUGAAAACCCAGAAGAAGAGGAUACAUCAGAAAGCUAUGAAGCUAAGAGAAAAAUCACUCCAGAGGAGGAGAUGUUUAAGAUGGCAGCCAAAAUAAAAACAUUUGAUGAAAUGGAACAAGACGAGAGGAGCAAAAAGAACUCUAGAAAAGAUUUGUUUCCCUCUGCAGGUGCCAAAAUAGGGGAUGACAGCUAUGAAACAAUAGAGCCCACAAGUGAGAAGCUUUCACCAAGUGAAUGUGGGCUUGAUAGACCCGCUGAAGAUUCAAAGUUAGCUCAUUUUGUUGAUCCCCAUAUUAAAGUACAACCUCCCUCUCCUUUUUCAGCAGGUUUGCAUGACGGAUCCCACAGCAAAGAGGUCAAGAACACAGCAAGAACAACAGCCACUGUCACUUCAGAGGGACCUCACUCUGUCUCAGACCAGCAUCAUUCAAAAUCCAACCUGGAAACUUCCCAGCAACAAAGAGUCCCAUCUGUUAAAGAUAGUACUGCCAACAAGGCUGCAUCAUUCACUGAAAACAGGACUGAUGAGCAAAAGGAGGCAGAUGCUAAGGAUGGUCAAGAGUUAGGUGUGAGCACGCUACAGACUGGAACACUAAAACAAGUUAGCAAUGUAACAGAUGAAGUGAAAGGAGAUCAUAAGGAGCAUACAAGUGCACCAGAGGCUGGAUACAGUGCAUCUGUUUCCACGGGUCAAACGAAGGAAACAUUCCAACCGGAGGUCUGUAUAUAUGAUGACACAGAGGAGGAUGAUGAUGAGGCACUGGAACCUCCCAGAACUGAGUCAAAAGGUGUCACUGCAAGAGUAGACACUGACUCAUGGUCUGCCAUGCGGGAGGAUGAUGCCACUUUUGCAGCUCGUGUCAAAGAGGAAGAACAGAAGAUACUGAAUCUGGUGGUGGACCGUCAGUCUCUGCAAGCAACUCCGGACACAACACCUGGUAGAACCCCAACAGAAGAGAGCACUCCUACCAGUGAACCCAACCCUUUUCUAUUCCAAGAAGGGAAGCUCUUUGAGAUGACCCGAAGUGGUGCAAUUGACAUGACUAAGAGGAGCUAUGAGGAAGAGGGGGGUGGCUUUGCCUUUUUCCAGAUAGGUGAACAGCCUUUGGACGAGCCUCUCUUAGAAGAGGCCAGGCAAGAAGGUAUGAGAUCAGCAGCAGAAGCUGAAGUUGGCCUCAAUCUAACACUAGAGGUCAAGACUGAGGAGACCGAGAAAUCAAAAGAAGCAACUGAUUCUCAGCUUCAGUCCCCACCUGAAGGUGAUCAGCCAGCCUCUAAAGCUGAUGCCUCCAAAUCUAAAAUCCCUAAAAUGGGCGUUUCCGCUUCAGCCAAACCUACAAAGAAAGAUCAGACGUCCCCUGAAGGUCUAGACAAAAAUGUGAAUGAAGGAUGCAUAGAUUUAGACAAAAACUCCCCUGACCAAAUGAUAACAACUGUCCAGACAGCAGAAACUACAGUCACUAGAUCAGUUUACUCUGAGCAGGACCAAGAGUCCUCUGAUUCAUCUCCAGAAGAACCACAGUCAGUGAUCGAAGCACCCAAACCAACAGGCAAGUCCAAACAAAGUGCUUCCAGUAGUGUUAAAAAGACUCCAGUGAAAACACAAGCUAAGUCUUCUCCACAAAGUCGGGGUAAAUCCACCAUUCCCUCUCCAUCUCAUGCAACCUCCUCUUCAACCACUGUUAAAAAAGAGGCCUCCUUCAUUUCUGAAUCUAAAUCUAGAAUUCCCAUCAAGGCUAGCACUCCCAAGUCUGAUUCUACUGUCAAACGUGCUGAAUCUACCCAAGACAAAAAGCUUAAGGUCCCUGUAAAAAAGGAUUCAAGGAGAAAAUCUGAGACAGACGCAGGUCCCUCUAUGGAUAUCAAAACCAAGAAACCAUCUUUCAAAGCCAAGAGCUUCUGUGAGGAGGAGUCUACCACGCCAUCUCCAAAAAAACAAACACGUCGCCCAUUGAGUGCCGAGACAGUAAAAUCUAAAGGUUUCCAGUCCAGAUUGCCAGUCCGAGGCAAAAGUAGUCAGUCAUCUCAUUCAUCAACACCCACUAAAGAGAAAAGUGAGUCACACAUACAGUCUAUUGAGUUCUUUGAAGAGAUAAGCGAUGAAGCAGCAAAACUUGUGGCAAGGUUGGCACAGGCAGAGACCGAGAAAGAACAAGAGGCUGCAGACGCCAACUCAGAUGAUGAGAGCAGUCUCAUUGAUCCAUCAAUCAUAGAAAGAGAAAGUUUCCCUGAGAUGCAGUUCCCUCCCUCAGGAGACGUCUUUCCCAUUAGACCACUGUGGGACGACCCUGUUGAGACACAGAUGCAGCGAAUCCCAGAUGAUAAAGUCCAAAGUCAAGUAGAUCCACAGGAUGAAGCAGAAAGAAAAGAGCAACGGUUGGCCAUUAUAGCCGACCACCUGGGCUUCAGCUGGACGGAGUUGGCACGAGAACUGGACUUCAGUGAGGAGAGGAUCAACCUGAUAAGGAUUGAAAACCCUAACUCACUGCAAGACCAAAGCCAUGCCCUUUUGAGACUCUGGGCAGAGAGGGAGGGAAAGCAAUCAGCAGAAACAACACUGAUCGGAAGACUGACUAAGAUCAACCGAAUGGAUAUCGUUCACCUCAUUGAAACCAAGAUAAUCAAGUCCACUCAGGAGGAGACAUCAUCACAUACCUAUGCAGAAAUAGAGCGGACCAUAGCAUUGGAUCAUAGUGAAGGUUUCUCUGCCCUUCAUGAAGACAUUGACAGCCCCAGGCCGGGAAGGCGUACAGAGGCCUCACGUAGGAGUCCAGGCUCGGGACAAGAAGUACCCUUGGUGUCAGCAGAGGACCUAUCCUCCAGUUUGUCGUCGCUUCACGACACAAGUGGACGACCAGAGACAGAUUCCACAGCAACAGGCUUUCUUAGAAAUUCCCAGAAAGAGAAACUACAAAAAGAGAUGGAGACAACAUACUCAUCACAAAGAGUAUAUGAGGAAUUGACAGACACGGUACACACAGGCAGUUUUAAACAAGAGAUAGCAGAGGAGCUAGGGUCGCUGUCUUCUGAUAGCUCAGAGGAGGAGGUGCUGACCACCAGGGUGGUUCGACGCAGAGUUAUCAUUCAGGCCGAUAACCUACCAGACAUCCCACCACACACUGUCACAGAGGAGAAGUACACAGAUGAGCAUGGCAACAUGGUAGUUAAGAAAAUCACACGGAAGGUGAUUCGUAAAUACGUGUCGGCAGAUGGCAUGGAGACACAGGAAGUGACCAUUGAGGGCUCUCACCAGGAGACAGUGCAGAUCGAGGAGGGAGACACUGUCUCCAGAGUGGUGAAGCGGACUGUGCUUCACAGUGAGGGAGAUCAGAAAGAGUUGACCUUCUCGGAGCCCCUGGCCCUGGGCGCCGCCAGAUCAUCAGAGUUUGAGGUGGAGCCGGUGAAAGGUCGAAAGGUCAGCAAGGUUGUCAAGACAACGGUGGUGAGAGGUGAGAGGAUGGAGAAGCAGACGGGAGACCCCUCGCUGGCUGCAGAUCUCCCCUCAGCCAGACAGGACUUUGAGAAGGCAUUGAGUUAUGCUGGAGGCUUUGGGAAAGUGCUCGUGCCUCAUGUAGUAGAGAAAGAGAUUGUGCAGGACGACGGUUCUGUGGUUAAAAGAAGCCAGAUGCGUAAGUCGCGAACCCAGAAGAGGACUGUGGUGAGGGAUGGCCAGGGGAAGCACGUGCACCUGGAGCGUCUGGACGACAACCCGGACGCCCUGCAGCCCGACGCACUGCAGCAGCACCUGCACCGACUGCUCCAACGCUACUGUGAGGACGACCAGGAGAGGGAGGAGGAGGAGGAGAAGGAAGAGAAGGAAGAGGAGGAGGAGGAGGAAUUCUUUGACUGAGCAGCUGCUUCCACUGAUCUUCAGGUCAGGCCCCCCCCCCUCUUGUUGUCCUCGCCGAUCACGGGAUUCUACUUUUUCUUUCUUCUUCGUCUUCUUUUUUUGUCGAAUACUGGGACAGUAUUUCCACGCUUUAACACUCUUCCUUCCUUCACGUUGUGUUUCCUUUGCUCUUUUUGUGACCAAAGAUGGCACCCUUGACCCUGAUUUUUUUGCUUUUACCUUUCGGGCUGCUGUGGUGCGGUUACGGUACGACGCACCGAAGGUGGAGCGAAGUCAAAAAGGGGGCAUCUUGGAUGUUUCGCCUCACGCACAGGCCUCUUCUUGAAAACUCUUGUAAACAUUUGUAUAUAUAGAGGAGAUGAAAAAAAAUCAUGCUUGGACUGGGGAAAAAUU